AUGUUGCCCCGGGCGCCAAUACCGUUGUUUCGGGUCCGUCCGACAACGCUACGCCUCAGGCCCAUUCCAUUGACUAAUUCCCUUCGAUUUUACUCGGCUGCCAAAUCGGAUAAGAACGAUGUGGAGAAGCUUAAGCUGGAGACCAACCGCGGCGAAGAAGACAAGCUGGCCAAAGCUACCGGCGUCAUUGACAAGACCCACCUGGAAGUGGUGCUCUACUACGACCACAUCUACCCCUGGCUGAUCCUGACGCUGCGGAUUAAGCUGUAUUUACAGCUUUUGGUGUUCCCCUUCCGCAACCGGUUUAGCGACGAUAACCUCAAACAACGGAUCAAAGACAUCCUGGGACCUUUACCAGAGAAUCUGCUUCGUGAGUUUAUCCCCAUGAAGCGUGAUUGUGGCGCAUUCGUCAAGUUUGAGGUGCCUCCUAACCAGCGCCCAGGAGAGUUUAUUCUGGACGUCCAGCACCACGUCCAGCAGCACCUGGACGCCUACACGCGUUCGUUCGCUCACAAAGUGCUCAACUUAUUGUGGAACCACUUCCCCAAGGUAUAUGCUGUCCAGGGUACGCCCUGGAUCGAAGAUCUUCAUCGGUACCCCUCACGAGUGAUUCUGAUUAAGUUUGAGGGUGUCCCUUUGACCGAGGAAGAGAUGUACGUGUUAUUCCGUCGGUACGGCUCAAUCGUCGAUAUAAAGCCCGACGCCAGUGAUGCUAGAGUGAUAUUUGAGCUGGUACGCCUGGCGAUAUGUGCUAAGAAUUGUAUGACGGGGCUCGUGGUGGAUAACGGGUCUCUGGUAUUGCACAUUCAAUACGUUCCCGUGAAGAAAUCCAACUAUAUCGUCGAAUUUAUCAAUAACCACCAGCGGAUCUCUAUACCGAUCAUCAUUGCCCUCUUAGCCGGGGCGGCGACGCUUUUGUUUGACCCCAUCCGUAAAUUCUUCAUUGAAGCCAACAUUACUCAGAAAUACUCGCUUACUCGCUAUCGUGAUAACGCCGUGGUUAAAGCAAUGAUGAUCCCUGUCGACAAGAUCCGCCAGGCCAUCGAUACCCUGUAUGACUUUAUUGACGAUACUAUCAGUGGCUCGAGUAACAAGGACGAAAAGCUUGCUGGCGAUGCCCCACUGCCUGACGAUCUGACAAUGAUUUGGCUAGAGCGGUACGAAAAGGCUAAGGAGCUUAGACUAUGGAUCCAUGAGAAUGUGAAUACGUUCAUUAUAGUCCAGGGUCCAAAGGGGCUGGGUAAAGAGCUGUUUGUGGUUGAAGAUGCUCUUCAUCCUGACGAUACUAUAUCCAAGGAUGUGCUUGUCCUCGACUGUGAUGUAUUAUCUAAGACCAACGGCGACGCUGGCCUUCUUAAGCUGCUUGCCCAUCAAUUAGGUUACCGUCCCGUAUUCACCUGGACUAACACCGUGUCUCAAUUUAUUGACUUGGGUGUACAAGGGAUCACUGGUUCCAAGCUGGGUCUUUCUGAAACCAAAGAGAGUCAAGUGCGUCUGAUGUUUAACCUUACUACUGCUGCUCUCCGCUCGAUCGUUAACGACGACUACAAGGACUAUGUUCUGGCUGUUAACCGCCACAACCACCGGGUCAAGCCGGGUGAAGACCACAUCGAUGUGGUUAAAGAAGAUAUCUACUUGCAACAGCACCCCGAGGUGAAGCCGAUUGUUGUCAUCGACAAGUUUGUCCGUAAGACUGACGACUCGGGUAACGACUUCAUCUACUCGGAGAUUGCUAAGUGGGCAGCGUCGUUGAUCCAGGCCAACUUGGCUCACGUGAUUUUCACCACUAACGACGUGCUGUCGUCGCAAGUGCUUGCGGAAGCGUUGCCGGAUACCGUGUUUAAGACUACGACCUUGAAUGAUGCCCUGAUCCCCGUGGCUAGGGCCUACCUUAAGUCGCAAGUACAAGCCGAUGAUGCCGAGCUCGAUGCUUGUAUCGCUCCAUUGGGAGGGAGAAUGCUUGAUUUGCAAGCGUUUGUACGUCGUAAUAACCUGGGAGAACUGCCGACGCGAGCUAUCCACGAAAUGAUUAACCAGGCAGCCGAGCAGAUCCUGACCUUUUUCCUUAACAAGACUGACCCUGAUUGGAAUGCGGCUCAAGUAUGGGUAGUGGUGAAGGCUUUGGCUGAUAAUGAUGAGGUCAACUAUACUGAUUUAGCGAGUGACCCUGUAUUUUCGCUGGGCAAUACCGUUCAGACAUUGCUGGUGCUUGAACGCCAUGAUCUCAUCAGUUUGGACCGCAACUUAGGGGUGUUAUCCAAGGUCCGCAUGGGGAGACCGUUGUUUAAGGCGGCGUGCAAGCAGUUGGUCGAGGACCCGCUGGUGUACAAGAUAUACGAGACCGAUUACCUCAAACGACUCAUCAAGAUCGAAACCGACAAGAUGAAGACGUUUGAAGAUGAGUUGGCAAAGAUCUUUGAUACUGACGCUGAUAGACGGAAAACGUGGUUGCUGGAUAAGAUCAAUUCGGGAGCAGCCACCGUCUCUCAAUUGGAGACCGACGUGAAGAAUGUUGGCGUUCCUAAACAGAAUGAUAAGUCGUUCUGGAGCCUUAAAAAAUAG